GCAGAACAGCACACACUUCCUGUGCUCGCUCGAGUUGUUGAUAAACUGCGAGCACAUGCUGAGUACAAUUUUUGUCAUUUUGUCUCAUAGCAAAAUGACGACAACUUUGAUUUAAAUACUGAUUUAGUAGCUUGACAUUUUGCAGUUUCCAUGUCUCUGCUAUUACACGCUGCACUAUGAAAGACUUCACUACUCGGGGCAUUUUAUCAUAGAUGGAUUUUAUAAGAGAGUUUACCACAGCCAUGGCAUGUGUGAUUUUGUCUGUCUCAUCAUUGCAUGCUGCUUAUCGGCUAUUCAAGGACCACAGAGCCUCAUCAGUGGCCUUCCUCCUGAUUGGCUUUUCCUCUGUCCUUUCGGUCUUUUCUCCCAGUAACCAAACUAUCAAAUCACUCCAGAACGAUCUAGAAUGGGCAGUGUGAGAAGAGCAGAGGGAUGUCGUGAAGCCAAAGCAUUUAUUUUCCAGCCGCUGUCGUUGUAACAUCUGCACCUCAGGAAACAUGUAUGCCUUCUAUUCUCUGCUGGUGUACAUCUUCUACACCGUUUUCAAAAAGGAGGAGGAGGCAGAACUCGAGGGGGCAUGCGGAGAAUCCCCGGAGGAGCCUGGCCAUGUUUCCAUGGAAACAGAGAGCAGGGGGAAGGGUAGCCACACCCCCAGGUUGGGCAAAAGAGGGUGUGCAAGUCUGAGUGAUUCAAGCAGCAGUGGUGAUAGUGAUGGGACAUCCCUCAGUGAUGAAGAUGAUGAGUUUGUUGAAGGUCAUGGAUUACCUGCCAAAACACCAUUAACAGCUUUCCUGUCUUUCAAGCAAGAGGCAGAAAAGAGAAGGGCCACUAAUUCUCCAGCAGAACCAAAUGAAAAGGUGACAGAGUCUCCAUUGCUGUCUGUGAUGUCACACCUCCUGAGUUUCCUGGAGCAAUAUUCCCACCUGCAACAGCUGCAGCAGCAGGCGGAUCAGUACCGUCUGCAGCUGCGCAGACACCGCGUCCAGCACCGGCGGAAAAUGAAGGCCCUGCGUGCCUCCUACCGCCAGCGCCUCAGAGACAAGAACAGUGUGAUUAACAGCCUGGAGGAAGUGAUUGCUCAGCAGCAGAGCCCAUCGUCUGAAAAUGAGGGUGACUACACGCUUCCUGCAGCGUCUCCGGUUGGGCUGCAUAAGUUGGUUCAGUCUCUUUGCGGGCUGCAAGUAGAGAAGAGUCAGCUGAGAGGAGAGCUACGAUUGCUUCAUUCCCAGCUUGAGCAGAGAGAACGAGAUCGCCAUACUAACAUACAGGCUUUCCAACAGCAGAUUGAUGAGCUGAAGAGCUGUAUUGAGGAAAGAGAAGAGGAGCUGUCCAAACUCAGAGUUGCAUCGGGAGUAACAGACACAGAAAAACGAGUGCUUUGCUUAUCAGCAGAGAACGAGAGUUUGAAACACAGCCUCACAGUGACACAGGGUCUUCUGCAGCAGCUGUCAGUCAUCCCAUCCCAGUCCAGCUCAGUGCUCAUCAAGGAAAAUGAGAACCUGCGCAGUCGCGUUCUGCAGCUGGAGAGUUCACUGCAGCAGCGGGCAGAGCAGCUGUCACGUCUGGAGCACCAGAGGGAGCAAAGCGACUGGAGAAAAGCAGAAGAGCUCAGGAGACGAGAGGAGAGCGUGAGAGAGCUGCGGCUCGAAUUGGAAAAAGAACGCAACAAGGAGCCUGCAGUUAAAUAUGUUACCCAAACUGUGGAGGUAGAGUCACCUUCAACUCUACGUCAACUAUCCGAAGCCAGAAAACAGAAUGAACAUCUUUCUGAGAAGCUAAGAAAUCAGAGAGAACGAUGCCGACAGUUGGAAGAGAACGUCAGGCAUUCAGAUGAAGUCAGCUGCAAUUUGCAACACAAGAUUGCCGCAUAUGAGAGGGAGAUUGGGACAUUAAGGGAGGAGCUGCUGAAGGAGAUUGGACAUCUUGAGGAAAAGAAAGAAGCGGCUGUAAAAGCGGCAGCUAACUGCUCUCAGGAGCAUCUCCAGAGCCUGCAGGAUCAGUUCACAACCCUCCAGAAGCGUCUGAGUGCUCUGCCUCCCACAUUACGCACCAUGAAGACCGAUUACGCCAGCCUUCGCAGCCAGGUCCGCAACUUUUCGGACUUCUAUGGAACAGCUAUCAAAGAAGCCAAGAAACAGAUUACGGCAGCUAUAAAUGAGAUGUCAGAGGCCAACAAAGACCUUUUGGAAAAAUAUAGAAAGGAGGUAGCUCUCCGCAGGAAGUACCACGAGCAGCUGGUUGAGCUUAAAGGUAAUAUCCGUGUGUUGUGCCGUGUAAAGCCAGUACUGAAGGAAGAUCAACAUGAGGAAGGCCAAUCAAUAGUUGUGACAACAGACCCCAAUAAUGAAUCUGCACUCACAGUUUUAAGCAAAGAGGCUAAAAACUUUGAGCUGGAUAAAGUCUUCCACCCUCAGGCCACUCAAGAAGAGGUGUUCCAGGAAAUUGAGCCACUCAUCACAUCCUGUAUAGAUGGAUAUCAUGUUUGCAUCUUUGCUUAUGGCCAGACAGGAUCUGGCAAGACCUAUACUAUGGAGGGAAGUGUUGAGAACCCUGGCAUCAACCAACGAGCCCUGAAACACCUGUUCAAUGAGAUUGAGGAAAGAAAAGACAUGUGGACAUACACCGUCAGUGUCAGCUCAGUGGAAAUUUACAACGAGGUCCUGAGAGAUCUGCUCAGUAAGGAUGGAGAGAAACUUGACAUCAAGAUCAACCCUGAUGGGACGGGUCAGCUUCAUGUGCCAGGACUCAGGGUCAUGGAGGUCAAAAGCUUCCAGCAUAUCAAGAAAAUUCUGGCCAUAGCUCGAAAGAACAGGAUUACAUUUGGAACACAGAUGAACCAGCAUAGCUCUCGAUCCCAUGCCUUGCUCACUGUCACUGUGCUGGGUACUGACCUUGCCAGUGGAGCCAAAACCACAGGCAAGCUGAAUCUUGUGGAUUUGGCUGGUUCUGAGAGGGUGUGGAAGUCUGGGGCAGAGGGGGAUAGACUGAAGGAAGCCCAGAAUAUCAACCGCUCACUGCUGGCUCUAGGAGAUGUGAUCCAGGCCUUGAAGGCCCACCAGACUCACAUACCCUUCAGGAACUCACGACUCACCUACCUGCUGCAGGACUCACUGGGAAAAGGCAACAAAACCGCCAUGGUUGUUCAGGUUUCUUCUCUUGAGAGCAACGUUGGAGAGACCCUGUGCUCGCUAAAAUUUGCCCAGCGAGUGUGUAAGGUGGAGCUGGGCCCUGCUGCACGAAAAAUUGAGAUGGGGGGACAUAACGAAAGCAAAAAUUAACGCAUACCAUCAACCCUCACAAGUAAACACCAGAAAUGGCAUCAACCCAAGUGCAGAUGGAUAAGCCUUGCACUUUUCCAAUCCUACUCAAGGGCUACAGUUCUGAAAACAUCUGUGAUGCCACAUAAGUUUCUUCUUGCUACCUAGCAAUGGCUUUUCUGCACCAGCUGAUCUGCAUGUCAAAGUCUCACCAACACCACCAAUAUCAGGACAAGCUCUCUGUCACCAUAAGUUCAAGAUAUCACAGAAAAUUCUCCACAGGGAAGACUGGUGAGGAUAAUUCAGUAAAUCUUGCAUAAAAAAAACUUUGUGGAGUCACUACACAAGAGACCACAGUAUCUUAAUUGUGUUAUGCUUAAAGUUUCUACUGAUAUUUACUCAAAAACCUUUAAAUUGUUUGGUAUACUAUAUAGACUAGGAAAUAAUGGCCAAAUGAUAUCUUUUUUGUGUAUGGUUAGUGUGGACUUCUAUGAUUAUGUGUGUUGAACCAGCCAAUCUGUCUUUUAUUAGGUUCAGAGGAUGUGAGUUCAGUCAAAUUGCACGAGAUCAGCAUUUGCUGAUUUUAUUUCUCUGAUGUGGUGGCUUAGCGUUUCAAGAUCCAGGGUAAUAACCGCAAGGUCUCAUUUUCAACCCCUAGGGCCUCAUUUAUAAAGUGUUCGCACGCACAGAUUUGAUCUUCGAGUGAAACUGCCUUUGAUGUGGAAAAAUGUUCAUCGUCAUGUCAGGGUCUGAGCAGGCGUACAUACUUUUUCUUGUUGGAGUGCUGCAGGUUUUUGGAAAUGUAAGCUGUUCUUGCAACUCGCUGUUCUAAAGUAAAGGAUUUGGAUGAUGACUUGAUUUACAUGUUAAAGGGGUGGUUGACUUUUUUUUUCUAGGCUUAAUUGUGUUUACGGGGUGCAGUCUAACAUGUGUUAAUGCUUCGUUAAAAAAAAAAAGCAUUAUUUUUCACAUAAUUUACCUUUAUUCCACAACGCUCUGUCCCUUCUCUGAUAAACGCUCUGAUCAUUUCCUUAUUUUAUGAAGCCCCUCCCUCAGAAAUAAGCGAUGGGCUCAGAUUGGUUAGCUGGUUCAGUGUGUUGUGAUUGGUUAAACCGCCCCGCCCCACCCCUCAGCUCAGCGGCAUGUGCUCCGGUUGUAUUGUAAACAAUGGUGUUGUCUUUAUUGCUUAUCAAUUUGAGCCCGAUUGAGACGCAUUGAGACUCUUCCUCUUCUCUAAAGCAGCGCAGCAUGGGGCGGGGUUUAUCUGGGUUUGUGACGUCACGGACCCGGGAAGUAGCUUGUUGUAGUCCCUACCAGCAGUUUUUGUAGGCAUUAAACUGCCAGAAUUUUAAAAGACGAUAUUUCCGUUUGCAUUGAACUUUCAGCUUCGUAACUUUGCAGAUAUUGUUUAUGCUCAAACAGCAACAUUACACACUAACUAACGUUAAAAAAGUAAUGACAUUAGGAGUCGUUUACAAGGCAGAGAGCUGAAACUGUUCAGUUGCGCUUCAUAGAUUUCACAUUGCAACAUUUUAUAAGUGAGGCCCUUAAAACGAUGAUUCAUGAACUGACUGAUUCUUGAGUUAUUUGAUAACACCCCUCAGCCACUGAAGGAGGAAAUAAAGCCAGGAUUUGGAUAAGAAACCAUCUGCUAAAGAUGAGAACGAAUGUAUCUAUAUUUCACAGCAUAUUGUGUGCAAUAGCACCUCUUAGUGGUGAGAAUCUAAUUUUUUGGUUUUGGCCCAAUUUAGAGUGACCACACAGAACAAAAUGUUACUCUUAAACAUAUAUAUUUUCAUUAUUAAUUCGUAAUAAACAUACAACAUAUCAAUAUCAAUACAUAUAAAUUGUAUAUGAUUAUUAACUUUCUAAGAUGUUUAGGAUAAGUUUGCGUUUAAUGUGAAAUGUCAUUAUUGGUCUUUCAGUUUUAGCCAUGUUACAGAGGGAGGUGAGGAAUGCACUUUAUUAUCAAAGACUUGUGCUGUCCAUACAACUUGUCUUUUAACCAAAAACGUACAGUAGGUCUAUCAGUUUGUUUCUGAAAAUUAGCAUCUUUUAAAUCAUGACAAAAUAAUUCUAGAAAAAAAAAAAAAAUUAAUUAUCUGAGACUGAUUUAUCUCUUCAUUAAGCAAAUAUUUACUCGAUUUUAUAAAGUACUUGAAGAGACUGGCUCAUGUACACACACUAAUUUAGUCUAAAUAUCUUGAAGCCAGAAUAAUGUACUGCAGUUUGAUCUGUACGGUUCUCCUCAAUUAUGAUAUUGUAUUCUUCUCUGUAACAUGUCUGAUUUUAGAACACUCAUAUUAAUGAGAAAGGAGAAAAAUACAACAUGAAAGUAUGAAUUAAGCCCUUCUUUAUCAGCAUUCAGGUUCUGUUUUAAAAGAAGUGUACUGAUUUUUAUCAUAAGGCCCAGAAAGGAAAAAGACAGAGUCAAUUUAGAAAAGAAAGAACUGUUUACUUAUAAACAACAAAAUAAUAAAAAGGAGAGUGUCGUCUUUGUGUACUCCAUACAAAAACACCUGUAUUCCUCUCAUUCUUUCUCUCUGUAACUCACACCCUCUCUCUCCCUCUCUCUCUCACACACACACACACACAAAAACACUCACACUUCUAAUCACCUGAUCUGGUUGUGUGUGAACUCAUGCUGAGCUCAGCUUAAGAAAUCCA